UGCAGGUGGAAAAGCAACCCAGGACUCGAAUAAAGGUAUUAACCUUGGAUGGCUGAAAGAAAAUGCUGGAGGAUGCAUGUGGAGCUGAUAAAGAUACCGUGUGUAAAAGGAAAAGAAGUUGGUUGCUUAAGUCCUUAUAACAACGAUGUGACCGAAUGGGAACUGGAGACCAGGCUUCUCCUGCCGGCUACGUUCCGGAGAAGUUGUGCGCCCCUUUCUUCUCAGCAAUGGGCAACUCUUGCUUUGGCUUCAAGGAGCGGCUGGUGGGGGGCCUGCCUACCCUGCUGGUUAUCCGCGCCUUCAUGCCUCACCGCAGGAGCAAAGAUUACCGCGUGGUGGUAGUUGGCUCCGCCGGCGUGGGCAAGAGCGCGCUGGUGCAGAGAUGGGUGCGCGGCACGUUCCGUGAGGCGUACCUGCCAACCAUCGAAGAUACCUACCGUCAGGUGCUGGGCUGCAACCACACCCCCGGCGCCCUGCACAUCACCGACACCACCGGCGGCCACCGCUACCCGGGUCUGCAGCGUCUCGCCAUUGCCAGGGGCCACGCCUUCGUUCUUGUCUACUCCGUUACCAAGAAGGAAACCCUGGAGGAGCUGAAGCCGCUUUACGAGCAGAUCCGCGAGAUCAAAGGCAACGACCUGCAGAAGUUCCCUAUCGUGCUGGUGGGAAACAAGAUUGAUGAGAGCGGCCGCAGGCAGCUGGCGCUGAGGGAUGGUGCCGCCUACGCGCUGGAGUGGAAUUGCACCUUCGUGGAGACCUCGGCCAAGGCAGACAUCAACGUGCGGGAGCUGUUUCACACGCUGCUGAGCCACCAGAGGAAGGCUGACACCUGCCCCGAGGGUCCCGAGAAGAAAUCGCAGAUGCCCAAGACCACGGAGAAGCUGCUUGGCAAGUGCAUCGUCAUGUGAGCCCUAGAUCUUCCGGGCCAGCCUUCCUGUCCUCUGUCCUAUUGUGUGCCGAAAACGUGGUCAAUGCGGUGUAAUGUGUCACCUGUCGUGAUUGAUUUUGUGUUGUGGUUUGGACUGUCAAUAAUGUACCUUGUAAGUUGGUGACUUCCGUUUUUCCCAAGCAAGAGAAUUCAAAUUGUUAAACCAUUGACUUGUUAGAAAAGAGAAAUAAAAACAUAAACAUUGAAUAUGAUGCAUUUAAAAUAAGAUCUUUACUAAUAAACGUAUAAGAGCAAAUGUUUGAAGAAUAAGAUACCAAAAUGAAUGGAAAGCUGCCACAGCCCUCCUUUUAAUCCAACAUUGUGUAUUAGUUUAAAGUGUUCAAGUCCUAUAAAUGUCUAAUCAUAUCUCUCCAAUGUGUACUUGAUUGUUAAGAAAUGUGUUUUCCUAUAGAAAGUUCUGACAGAUUGCUGUAGAAUAGAUUGAUAUACCAAAUGAGAUUUCUUUACUUAUUUUGCUGGCUGGAGUACAAACUCACGAGAGAGAGAGAGAGAGAGAGAGAGGGAGAGAAG